AUGAUGGUUGAGAACCCAUUCAACAGUCAAACAGUUUGGAAAUAUGAGGAGACUACUCAUACAAAUUAUGCAGCGAGGACCAAUGGGCAUAUACAAAAUCAGGAUCAAUAUGUCGACUAUGGGAAAAAGCUCAAUCUUAAUCAGAUUGGAGCAACUGUUCCAGCUACUGUUCCAGCUACUGUUCCAGCUAUAGUUCCUGGUGCUUCAGCAUCCACAAGUGGAGCAUCAAGUGUUGUGGGAAGCAUUAACACAUCUUUGCGAUUUGCUCGUACUCAAGGUGAUCAAAUGAUGCAAGUUCCUUUGGGAAUGCAGCUCAUGCAGAUUCCAACUCAAGGUGUCGGCACUGUUACUGUUCCUUACUCAAUGAAUGCUAACGGUGAGAUUGCGUUCAGUGGAAUGCAACUCGGCCAUCAAGGAUUCAGUGGUGCUCAAGUGCGCCAAGGAUUCAAUGCAACUCAAGCUCAAACUCCGCAGGUUGUGAAGACUGGCUAUUACGAUAUGUCAAAUGUCUUCCACAAUGCUAUCAAGGGAAAGGAUGAGAAUGGCAAUGACGUCUAUCUUAUUCCAUGUCCUGCUGGUAUGACAAAUGUCAAACUUCAAGCCAAGUGGCACUAUGCUAGUGAAAAUGAAGAUUUGCCUGAUCUUGCUACUGAAGCAGAUCGAGGUCUGCAGUUUAUCCAAAGCCACAGAAAGGAAAGAGAUCCAUUUGGGUUGUACAAUCAUGUCAUCAUGGACAGUGGUUGCACAAACACCACCAUUUGUAAAAUCAUCCAUCAUCUACUUACAGCUGCUUCAGACCCCUGUAAAUACACCCCAAUAGCAAUAUCAGUCACCGUCUAUCAUGUCCAACAGUAG